AUGGAAUCUCAGCCACCCAGCUCCAGCGACGGGGUGUUUGCAGUAGCUGACGAGUCAGCCCCACCGCUCCCAGUGCUUGAGCCGCCGGCUAAGAAGCACCAAGCUGCUGGGCGCAAGCGAGACCCUGUAUGGGAUUUUACCACUGUUCUAGCCGACAAACGCGUCGUUUGCAACCGCUGUGGAACAGUUAUUCACCGCUACGGCGUAGCCAAGGUUGAGCGUGUGCGCGCACAUUUUGAGCGCAAGUGCUCAGGCGUGCAAGCACCGACAGCGACGCUUAAUGCUAAAGAGACUGAAGAAGUAAGAAGUAACCAUUUGGAAAGGUCACACUCGAUUAUGGGAGCGGAUCUCAAGCAACAUCGAGUCGUCAUUGGAAGUAAUUACGGCAACAAGAGCGGUGCGUUCAAGCGCAAGAUUGCCUAUUGGCUGUAUGUCACGGGGCAACCGUUUAAUAAUGCUGAGAGUAAGCUACUACUGAAUGCUUUGAGAGUUUUGCGCAAUGAUGUGGUGUUGCCUACAAAGCGCGAGUUGGAGAACGAGCUGCUAGAUCUCGAGUUCAUCGCCUCUAAGAGCAGAGUAAGUAAGAUUCUGAGCGGCAAAAGGUGCUGUCUCAUCAUCGAGCAUUGGAUAGGACUUGAAGGUUGUAAAAUGACAACUUUUGGAGCCAUUUGUGAUGGUGCGUCUUAUUAUCUCGAGUCAAAAGCGGCGCUCAAUCACGAAAUUGGUGGAGAAGUGACGGCUGAUGAGGUGGAAGCGGUUUUAAUCAAGGAGAAGAAGACAGAACUUUGUGGUAUCGUGACACCUACGACAUCGGUUUUCUCGAAGCUUACGAAAGGUGUGAUCCAGAAAAAACACCCACGAUGCAUAUUUUUUUAUGGCUGCAUAUGUCAUGCACUCACGUUGCUGCUAGACGAUGUCAGCUGUAUAUUUCCGUGGCUCAAAACCAUGCAAAAGUCAGUUGUUGAUCUGAUCACGAUAUUUCACGGCAAUCAUAACCUACAGACCCAAAUUUUUGAUAGUGAAUUUCUUCACAUAGCCAAUUUUCCAAAUUCUAGCUCGGUGUGCGCUUCAUUGGAGGAUCUAUUAAAGUAUGAGAAGAUGCUUUCUACGAUUGUUGCCCGUCGAGACUUUGUUAAUCUCAGUACGCCGAUAGAGCAGGAAAAGUUGAAGCGCGUGCAAGAUUUUAUACUGGGUGAAACCUUCAUUAGAGAUGUGAUCAAAUCACUGGAUAUCUUGCGUCCUCUUCAGCAGCAUCUGAAACGUUUUCAAGAGGAACAGCCUUCGUUGUCGUUAGUGUUCCCGUGUUAUUUGGAGCUUUUGUCUGUUUAUUCUUCAAUUAAAUGGGUGAGCAAGAAGGAAAAGGCACUGAUUACUUCUUGUAUAACCGAGCGAUUCAAUGCCAUCUACGGUGUCUCACACGGUGUAGCUUAUACGCUGGAUCCACUAUAUCUAGGUGAAGCUUUGGAUGAUCAUAAAAAGCAGGAGGUGGAAGAUUUUAUCAUUCGCUUUUGCGAGCAUGAAGGUCAUUCGGUUGAUAUUUUGACGCAGCUACAAAAGUUUAAGUCCAAAAUUGUAGAUUUAAAAGAAACCAAAAAAGAAUUCUGGCAGAUGGUGCAGUCCGGUUCAGUGGCACCGCUUGACUUCUGGAUGGAGCAUCGAAGUCAUUUUCCGUAUUUACAUCAACUAGCAACCGCUGUCUACAGUUUGCCGAUAGCUUGUGUCCCUUAUUCACCAUCAUAUGGGGAUCAAAGCCUAGAGAAAAGACGCUCAUGA